CCAACCUCAACGUCAACACCGCAAAACGCACGCUACUCACAAGAACACAUCGGUAUUCCCAACGGCCAAACGUUUUUUCUUUUAAAAAAUAAUCUUUUAAAACUUAAAAUCUCUUUUUAAAAACGGUAUACCAACAAAUCAAAUAGAUUCAGAAAACAUGUUCUCCGUCUGUCUGGAGUUCCUCGGCAUGGGCUCGUCCAUCCUGGGCUCCCUGCUCGUGAUGAUCGCCUGCGGGCUGCCCACCUGGAAGGUGUCCGCGUUCAUCGAGGCCAACAUCGUGGUGGCGCAGACCAUGUGGGACGGCCUGUGGAUGUCGUGCGUGUUCCAGAGCACGGGCCAGAUGCAGUGCAAGCUCCACGAAUCAAUGCUCGCGCUGAACCCGGACAUGCAGACGGCGCGUGCCCUCACGGUCAUCUCGGCCGUGCUGAGCAUCGUCGCCCUCAUGGUGACCAUAGCCGGCGCGCGGUAUACCAACUGCAUCGGCGACGACACGGUCAAGGCAAGGGUGGUGGGCACGGGAGGCGUGCUCUACAUCCUCAGCGGUCUGAUCGUCUUCAUCCCGCUGUGCUGGAUGGCCAACAGUAUCAUCGUGGAUUUCUACAGCACCCAGGUUCCCCCGUCCAAGAAGAGAGAGAUAGGGUCCGCGAUCUACAUCGGCUGGGCGGCCGCUGCGCUGCUCCUCCUCGGGGGGACGCUGCUCUGCUGCUCCAGCGGUACCCGGGGGCUUAGGAGCGACUAUCCCAUCAAAUACGUCGCGACAAACACCGCGAGCAGCGACAAAGGCAAGAAGCAUUUUGUGUGACGUCCCCUGACGAGAGGACUUUUGAAUAUAGUGAAAUUAGGAAUUUGCUUUUGCACAGUCGAUCAUAAAUGUAAGGCAUAAGUGUGUCAUACUAUAUAUUGCAGUCUUUGCAGAUUAUAUAUAGCCUAGGCCUAUAUAUUUUGUAAAUCUUAUUGCCGCCUUGGUUAUAUUUGUGCCGGGUGGUUUUUAAUUGUAUGGUUUUGAUACAUUGAGUGUAAUGUAGCUCAUAGUGUGUGUUUCAUUUGUUUGUGGGAGAAGCCACGAGCAUGGACACAAGCUCAUUGAAAUGUUUACUCUCAUCAUUUGUAUUCUUCUGAAUGGACUUUGUAUUUUAAUCCAUUGCUUUGUACGCGUUUCUUUUGUUUCUGUUUUACGUGAAACGAAGAACAUUUUUAAAUAAAAUUAAAACUAUUUUGGGAUUUGAUCUUAUAUCCGUUUAGAAUUGUGGUCAAAAAGUACUUAUGACAAGCAAUAAAUAUAAAGCAAUAUAACCUUAUAAGUCAUAUGAACAAAGGUUGAAUAAGUACAAGACAAAGCUUUCAAAAUCAACUUCAACUCUAACCAAGGUCAUACACUUCUUGAGUAAUAUCCCUGAACAUUUUCGAAGAUGUCUAUUCACAAACAUCUUUGUGUCGAGGGUUGUGUUGGGUUCGAGACACUGCGGUGUCUAGGAGAAACGGUAUGAUUAGUGAAUUACUUAUCAGACAGGAAGCACCGUCUAUAUCGUCAAAGUACCCCCCAUGUGAAAACACAAUAACAAAGACAUUAAUAUUACAAUAAGCCCACUGUUAUUGUGCUUGGGAUGUGCAAAAUAAUAGAAAGAGAUUGUGUCUAUUAUUGUGUGCUUAAUGUGUACUCCUGAUAUCAGUAUUCUGUUCUAUUCAGUUUUAGAGCCCCUGCAACCAGGUGUGAUUAUGCAUGUCUAUUACAAGACACUUCUACCCUGUAGUAGGGUUUCCCAUGAUGUCACACACAUUCCAAGUUGCCAUCAUUUUCACUAUUAUUAUACUCUGAAUGACACCUGAAGUCCUAAGGUGGCGUCCUUCAGAUCACAUGACUGAAACCCUCCUAUAGUGACAGUAUCUAAUGUAUGAUAAACAGAGCAACCUACAGGGAACCAACAGUUGGGCUGAUCCAUCCAUCAAACAUCUGGGUGGACACACCCCGUCACACCUGGUGGUUGAAUGGGGGCUGGUAAUAACAUGAUUCCUACAGGUAGGCUGUGGGCACUGGGGAUGGAACCUAGAACCUUUCAGCCUGGGUUCAAACACCCUUGCAGAUACACUAGGCUGCCUCCUGAGUCGGUACUGAGCCAACCUGAGACCGUUGUCCACAAACGGAACAGGAACGUAUUAUCCUCCUAGUACAGUACUGUAUAGGUCUACUGGUAUCCUGGCAUUCGUUCUACAGGCUCAAGGAAUUCCCAUUUACAACACUGUGGCUCAAAGGCUCCACCAGGUGGCAUGCGUUUAAUUCUAAACAGCUGUUAUAAAAACACACUGGGCACCCGUGGUGAUAGUUAUUGAGGUAUUUGUUUUUUUAUACCAAAAAUUGAAGGAUAUAUGAUCAACCAUGUCCUCAUUCAUCUAUUGUUUGAGGUAAUCACACUGUGAUACAUAUACUACCCGUCAAUCUGUAAACCAUACAAAAUGUACAAUUUGAUCAACAAUUCAUUUGGGACAAAAGCAGUCAUCUGAAGAGUGAAAAUUCAGAAGCAUCUACAAGGACUACAGUACUUCGGCUUGUAAUUCAUUUGUACCAAUCGGAGCUAUGGGGAGCAUCAACACGUUUAGCUAAUCACUGCCACCUUGUGGCGAGCCUUCUCAAGUACAUUACCUUUAUGAUUUGUUUUACAGAAACGCCUGAUCAAAUUAAAACAAACAUCUUAUAGUACACAGAUUUGAACAAUUUAAAGUUGGUUACAGAUGAGAAAAACAAAAAUGAAAGGCGACAACCCUUGAUCCAUAGAAGCACGAGUUUGGCAAUAAAUUAUUGUGAUUCGCAAAAAGACCCACAGAGACCUGAUGCCUCGAAUCUGCUCGCAUGAUGUUUAAGGUAAUGUAGGCAGGUAAAGGCUGUGACAUGAUGACAUCUAGUCCUUAAAAGAUUAUACCCUUGUUAAUUUUCAGUAUAAAAGUCCUUCGUCUUUUAUAUUUCCGAGUAGAGGUAGUGGUGUCUAUGGCUGGUACUCCUUUAGCACCUGGUUGGCGAUCACCAGUCUCUGAAUUUCACUUGUGCCCUCGUAGAUCUCCGUGAUGCGUGCGUCCCGGUAGUGUCUCUCCGCCGGCAUGUCCGUCACGAAACCCAUCCCACCGAGAAUUUGGAUCGACUUUAAAGAGUUCCCCGUGUGAAAGAGAGCAAAACUUAGAAUGCAGCUUAGAGGCACAAAAAUACAAUUUUAAGCUGAAAAACUACAACAAGAAAACCUUGAAUAAAUCUAUUUAACAAGGAGGAUCAUUAAAACUGCAUUUAUAUGUAAUUAAUAAAAUCUGUCUCACCUGAUGUGCACUGAAAGUGGCAGCUUCGGAAGCUGCUAGCUUAGCCAUGGCGGCCUCCUGAAGGGAAACAAGAAGACA